GGCCGCCGGCAGGCAGCGGACCCAGGAGAGGAUUUGUUGGCUGGGCGAUGACGGAGGAGACUAGCGGGGUGCGGCGGUGGCUCGUCGACAUCGCCCGCUGGCGCCCCUCCCCCGCCCAAUUCGAUGCUGCAGCCGCCCUCCUUCCGCCGCACGACCGCCCUGCCAUCUACAGGUUUGUGAAAGAAGACGACAGGAAGCGGGCUCUCUUCAGUCGCCUGCUGCAGUACUCGCUCGUGCGCCACGUCCUCCACAUUCCGUUUCGCCAAAUCAGCAUAUGCCGCACGCCUGAGGGGAAACCGUACCUGCAGAAAAAUUGUUCAACUUUCCCAAACUUCAACUUCAACACUUCGCAUCAGGGAGACUACGUCGGCAUAGCGUCUGAGCCGCUUUGCCUUGUUGGCCUGGACAUCGUUUCAGUCUCCAAGCCCCAGGGAGAAACCACCACCGAGUUCAUCAGCAACUUCUCUUCAUACCUCACUGACCAUGAGUGGAGCUGCAUCGUUCGCGCUGGCACUCCCACUGAAGUGCUGACAGAGUUCUACAGGUACUGGUGCCUCAAAGAAGCUUUUGUUAAAGCAAUAGGUGCUGGCGUUGGAUUUGGGUUGCAUAGACUGGAAUUCCACCACGAACAUUGGACUAAUAUUUCUAUCCAUGUUGAUGGAGAACUGUCUAAGAAAUGGAGAUUCUGGAUUUUCAAGCUUGAUGAAAUGCAUAUGGCAUCAAUAGCAAAAGGGCAUCCAGAGGAUGCUGUAAGCAGCUACAAGGAAACAUUGUCCAAUGCAAUCGUUGCGGAGGAGCAAUUACGUUCUACACUAGAAAGUCCAGAAGAAGCUUUCACUUUCUGGACAGUGUAACAGCUUACACAAUCACUGGAGUAACAGGUAUCAGGCAUUCUUGAAAUCACAUGUCGAUCGAACUGCAGGCAAGGUUGGCACUAUUUAAAAGGAAUUUGGAAAUUAGAAUUGAAGCAGUAACCUCUGCUUGACUCCUAGUUGGGAUGUUUGCAAAUACUCGAAGUUGUUGUAUUGCUGGCACCUGCAGUUUGGAAGAAGUGCAGUUAGUUAUCAGUUUUGCCAGAAACAGCAAGCAGGCUAUAUCUGUCACGAGACACCUACACAAGGGACGGGAAGGAUAACUACCUCUCCUCCUUCCCGCCAUUCCCUCCCUACCUGUGUUUUAACUGCUAAACAAUUUCUCGUUCUGAAAUGCAAAAUUUUCACAAACAA